AUGAAUAAAGCUAUACUAUUAAUAGCAUUAUUAGUAAUACUAACAAAUUGUUAAACAGUGACAAUCGCAAAUACAUGCUCAUGUACACAGAUGCUAACAGUAGCAGAUUGUGGAAAAAAAUCAGGUUGUACAUGGAAUACAACAACAAAAGCAUGUGAAGUGACUUAGACACCAACAACACCAACUGAAACCACAACCUUUGCUACUUAUUGUGAUUAAUUCAAUACAGCUGAAGAAUGUCCAAAGAAAGAUCCAUGUGCAUGGGAUGGCAAGACUUGCACUCACUUCACUGGAUGCACAGCAUUUGUUAAUGAUACUGAUGAGAAAUGUUAAGCAAUUUCUAAUAGAUGCAUAACAGAUGGAGUUCGUUGUGUAGAGAAAGCAGCAUGUGAUACUUAUAAAACUUCUAAGUCCUGUGUUUUAAAUAAUUUAGGAAGAUUUUGUUUCUGGAACACAACUGAUGCAACAAAUCCAAAAUGCGAAGAUGCAGAUGACUGUCCUAAAUUACCAGCAGAUAAAUUAAAUUCUGAUGCACUAUGCAGAGCCUAAUUGUCUAAAUGUACAGCUAAAGAAGGAGGAGGAUGUAUUGAAUUGGGAGCAAAAUGCGAAGAUAAUCUUGCUGAAAUUAGUUGUGUUAGAGAUAAAUAAAACGUUGCAUGUUUUUGGAGUAAAGGAAAGUGUUUAGAUAAAACAUGUGAUAAUGCUUCAGAUGAACUAAAAACAGAUGAAGUAUGUAAAAACUUCAUUCCAUCAUGUACUACUAAGAAAGAUGGGGGUUGUGUUACAAGAACUAAUUGUGGAUCAGCAACUAACCAAGCAGCUUGUGUCAAAAACAGUUCAGGAGAGGAUUGCUUUUGGAAUCCCACUACAUCGACUUGUGUAGACAAAACAUGUGCAAAUGCUUUACCAUCAAAUAAAACAAAUGCAAGCUGUUAAUCCUAUUUGAAAGAAUGUAUAACAACAGGAAAUGGAUGCACAAAAAACACUGGUUGUGGUGCUGCAACAAUUAAAGAAGCUUGUGAUAAGACUUUAAGUGGAGGUUUAUGUCAUUGGGAUGGUACUUGUAAAACAAAGAUUUGUGAAAAUGCAGGUUCCUUAUAUGUUGGGCAUGAAUAAUGCAGCACAUUUUUGCCCACUUGUACUGCUAAAGUUGGUGCUGCUUCAGGAUGUACUGAUAGAACUUGCGCGAAUGCUCCAAAAACAAAUGUUACAAAUGAUUAAUGUGAAGCCUAUUUACCAAAAGGAAAUUGUAUAACUUAAGAUGGAGGUGGUUGUAGACCUAAUACCACAUGUGAAGCAAUUAAUUUGGAAAUAGCUUGUAAGAACGAUGGAAAUUCACCUAAAAAUGAUUGCUUCUGGGAUAAUGGAAAAUGCUGGACUAAAAAUUGUACUAAUGCUCCUAGUUCAAAUAAUACUCAUGCUUUAUGUAAUUCAUUUUUACCAAAAUGCACUGUUGGAAGUGGAUCAACCUGUGUAGACAAAAUAUGCGAAAAUGUUUAAGAAGAGGCUAAUUGUACCAAUGAUUUUAAUAAUAAACCAUGCAUAUACAAAGGAAAAUGCUAUUAGAAAUAAUGUGCCUUAGCACCCAAAGAUUAUACAACAUAUGCUUAAUGCAAUACAUAUCUACCUGGAUAAUGCACUCUAGAUAAUUCAGGAUCUGGUUGUAUGGAUUUACCUAUUAAAUGUGAGGCUAUUAUCAAGGCUGAUGGUUGCUAAAUUAAAAAAGGAGGUGGAAAAUGUGGAUUACUUGGAACCAGUUGUGUUGAUUAAUCAUGUCUUACUGCCCCCUCAGCUGAUUAUACUACAACUGAAAGUUGUGAUAGUUAUAAAACAGGAUGUGUUGUUGAUAAUGAUGGUGCUGGUUGCAUUGAUCUUCCAUCAACUUGUAGUGGUAGAAAGAAAUCAGAUAAUUGUGAAAUUGAAUAAACUAGAAGCCAAACUCCUUUAAAAUGUUAAUGGGAUAGUUUCACUGAUGUAAGUAACCCAGUUUGUAUAGAUAUAAAAUGUGACAAUGCACAUAAAGUAACUCUUAGGGCUGGUGUAACUCAAGUUGGAUGUUGGACUUAUUAUAAUUUGAAAUGUGUUAUUGAUGCUAAUUUCAGAUGUAUUCCUAGACCAAAAGCUUGUGCUGGAUUAGUUUAAGCUGCUUGCUAAUAAACAAAUUUGAUAUACGUAUCUGAUACUUAAACUAAAAAUUGUUAUUGGGAUGCAAAUUCAACUUCUUGCAAAGAUAUUUCUUGUGCAAAUAUAACAUUAGAAACAUAUAAUCAUGUUAAUUGUAAUAAUGCUAUUUCAACAUGCACAGUCAAUGCAGCUUCUAAUAAGUGUUAAGAUUUGGCAGCAUGUGAUAAAUAUACUGUUAGUGAUUAAUGCAAAAAAGACAAUAAUGGUAAUGAUUGUGUAUUUACACCACCAUCAACCUGUAGAGAUAAAUCUUGUGCAGAAGCAGCGGAUUCAGAUGCCUAUGAUAGUGAUGAUAAAUGUUAAACAUUUUCUAAAAAAUGUACAUUAACAUAAAAGAAAUGUGCUUUGAAGAAAGCUACUUGUGCAGAUUAUACAAUUUAAGGAGCUUGUGAAGCACAUACUGUGGGUGUAAAGUAAUAAUGUGCAUGGGAUACUGUAAAUACAUUAUGUACUAAUAUAACUUCUUUGGAUUGCACAAAAUAUACCGGAAUAGGAUUUACAGCAGGUUAUUGUUAAUAUUUAGACAGUACUUGCUCUGUUAAUUCAGCUGGCACAGCCUGCACUACUGCAACAACCGAAUGUGUAGGAUUAGCAGAAACAGCAUGUGUUUGGGCUAGUACAGAUAAAUAUUGCUAUUGGAAUACAAGCGGAAGCCCAGCUUGUGCAAAAUUGGUACCUGCAACAAAAUGCAGUGAAAUUGCAGGAACAAGCGUUUUAAUUUGUUAGUAAAAGAAAAGUUCUUGUACAUGGACAAGUGGUACAAAAUGUUCAGCUAAUUGUGCAGCUUUUACAGGACCUUUCAACUAUGAUACUUGCUAGGCAUAUGAUAAAUAAUGUACAAUCAAAAGGGAUGGGUAAAGUUGUGUCGCUACAGUUUCGACUUGUGCAACUACUGCAGUUGCAAAUUGUACACAUGCAGAUAAUGGACCUUGUAUUUUAGUAUCUGGAACUUGCACUCUUGCAUCAGGUGAUGCACUAAUAGGUACUGGUAAUUGUAGUAGCAUUACCGGAGUAGGUUUAACACCUGCUUACUGUAAGGCAGUCAGUACUGGUGGUAACACCUGUUCAGUAAACUCAGAAUUGACUACUUGUGUUGAAGCAAAAGAAAAUUGCGUUAAUUAUGAAACUCCUUCGACUGAUUGUGUUUCUAGUAAUCUUUAAACAUCCUGUAUGAUAAAUAGCGAUGGAACUACAUGUGUUAUGUUUACUUAAGGUACUACACCUUGUGGAGAUCUUAAACUUUUCAAAGCAGCAGCUACUCCUAUUACAUACACAAAUGCAAUUUGUAAUUUAUAUGGAUGCCAGGCUAAAUCAGAUUCAACUGGUUGUGAAAAUAUUGCUGCACCAUCUGCGCCUUCUGCUCCUACUUGUGCUAGUUUCACUGGCCCAGUUACAUAUGAAGCUUGUAGAGGUUUCUAAAAUACUUGUUCAGUAAAUUCAAAUAAAACUGCAUGUGUGAUAGCAAAAGCUACAUGUGCAGAAUAUACAAUAACAACAGAGUGCGGAUAUGCUACAAAUGAAGGAGAAUGUAUUGUAUAAGGAACAGCAUGUGUAUAAAAGAAUUGUGAAGGGGCACCUGCUUCAGUUACUGAUUUAGCUGGAUGUUAAGCUGUUUCAACAAAUUGUGGAUUAAGAUCAGGUGGAUGUUAAUUAAGAAAUACUUGUAGUUCAUAUGAAGUUUAAGGUGCAUGCAUUAAGAAUGCUACUGGAGGGGAAUGCUUGUGGAAUCCAACAGCUAAAAAAUGUGUGGAUAAAAGUUGUAAUGCAGCAGAAGCAUCAGCUAGUUUUAGCAGCCAUAAUUAAUGUGCAGCUUUAGGUAAAUGCACAGUCAAAGCAACAGCAGAGAAGGCAAUUGGUUAAGGAUGUAUUCCUUAUACUAAUUGUAGUUCAUACGCUAUUGAAGAAUAAUGCAAAUUCAAUACAAAGGGGGAUGUUUGUAUUUGGAAUACAAAUACUGAUCCUGCUUCUUGUGCCGAUAAAUCAUGUGCUACUGCACCAAAUACAUCCUAUAACGAUCAUAUUGCAUGUUAUGGAUAUCUUAUUGUUCCUGGAUGCACAGUCAAUGUUGUUGAUGUCAGUGGAACCCUUACUCUUCAAGGUUGUACAGCUUUAAAAACAUGCAAUUUAUAUUCUCUUGAAGGAUAAUGUAAAUUAAGUAGUGAAAAGGAUAAAGACGGUAAUUAUAUUGAAUGUGGAUGGAAUGGCACUACUUGUGCUAAUAAGAGUUGUUUAACUGCUUAAGAAACUGUUAAUACUCAUUCAGCUUGUAAUACAUAUUUAACUGGUUGUACUGUUAAUGCAACAGAUAAUGGUUGCAUCGCUAUUCCUGAGACUUGUGAAGAGAUGACCAAUAAUCAAUGUUUUGAUGGAUCAGUUGACAAAUCAUCAAGAAAAUGUUAUUGGGAUACAGCAGAAUCAAAGUGUAUUACUAAGAAAUGCGAAAAUUCACCAAACUAUGGCUCAGAUUCGGAAUGUAAUAGUUAUUUAUUUGGUUGCACAACAGAUCCUGUCAAAUGUAAGACAAAAAUAUGUGAAGAUUUCCCAUUAACUACUGAUGCUUUAUGUAAAGCAUAAAUUUCUACUUGUACAUCAAAUGGAGUUAAUUGUGUUAGAAGAGGAUCUUGCAGUUAAGCAUUAGCUGAAGCUGGAUGUGUGACAGAUUCAAAUAACAGUGAAUGUUAAUGGAUGACUCCUACUGGAUAAACUGCUUAUUGUACAAAAAAAAAUUGUACAACUGCACCAACAACUUUAACAACUGAAGCCUAAUGUUAAUAGUACUAUAAACCACCACCACCACCACCACCACUACCAGGAUAAUAAUAAUAAUCCUGUACAACAAAGAAAGAUGGAGGUUGUACUCUUAAAGGAGCGUGCACAGCUGCUAAUGUUUAAGCUGCUUGUAUAACUGAUUCAAGUGGAUUAGAUUGUUAGUGGGAUACAGAAACUAGUAAUUGCAGAUUAAAAGAAUGCAAGGAUUUUACAUUUACAACUUAUGCCGCUUGCAAUAAGGUUGGAUGUACACUUGGCUAAGGUGGAAGAUGUACAAAAAAGACAAAUUGUUAGGACAUUAAAGUCAGAGCCGCCUGCAUUGAAGGAAAUGAUGCUCCUUGUUUAUGGAUUCCAAAAUAUGUAAAUGAGGAUAGUCUAGGAAAAUGCAUCUAAUAUGAGUCUUGCAAAAGUUUGAAAGUGACUAUUGAUGAUUCUGCUAAUGACAAAUGUAAAUGGAUCUCUCCUAAUUGUACAACUGAUGGUGAUGGUUCAUGUAUUGGAAUUACAAGUUGUGCAGAUACAAACAUUAAAGGAGGUUGUAAAACAGGAACAGAUGGAGAAUGUAUCUAAACAGUUUCUGCUAAAGGAGCUACAGAUACUAUUUGCAAGAAAUUCACUUCAUGUUCUGAUGCUUAUUAUUUAGAUCAUGAUGCUUGUAAUAAAGCAAAUCCAAAUUGUACAUCAGACUAUUCAACUGGAUGUAUUCCAUUAGCUGCAUGUUCUACAUACUCUUAAAAUUAAUGCUUUAGAAACAAGGAUGGAGUUUAAAAAGAUGCUAAUGGAUUUAUAACCUCAACAGGUGUUUGUGUACCAGAUGAGAUUACAAAAUAAUGCAGAGAUUAAUAAUGUUCGGAUCUAACUUACACUACAGAAGCAGACUGUUCAUCCAAACUGAAGACUUGUACCUCAGAUGGUGUUAAGUGUCUUGUUAAAGGUGCUUGCUCUACUUAUACAUAAUAAGCUGCUUGCAAUAUUGCUGGUGGUACUGAAGGAGCUUGCUUCUGGGUUGCAGGAGAGCCUGAAGGAAGUUGCAGAACUAAAAUUUGUUCAGAUAUUCCAAAUGGUUCGACAACAUAAGCUUGUUAAGGAGUUGCUAAUUGUGUUUCUAAUGGUACUAAUUGCAUUCCUAGAGCUAAUUGUUCUACAUAUACUUCCAAGACUUCUUGUAAUUCUAAAGGAUCUGAUGGUAUUUGUGUUUGGACUGAAACUACAACUGCAGGAGCUACUACUGGAAAAUGCUCUUUAAUGACCAGUUGUGCUUCAUCAGGAACUGAUUCUAAUGCUUGUGAUUUGGCUAAGGAUAGAUGCAUAAUAGAUUCUAAAACUAAGACAUGUGUUGAUCAUACUUGUGCUUCAUAUGCUAAAUAAGAGAACAGUUGCAAAUACUUCUUCACUUGGGAUUAUAAGAAAUACAAUGUUUGUUCAACUUCUAAUGGUGCUUGUACCGCUACUGAUGCAGCUACAUUAAAAGAAGGAGAUUGUUACACUUUGACUGCCUAUCUAUAUUCAUGGAAUCCUGCAAGUUCUAAAUGUACAUAAUGUGGAACUGUUGUUGUAACACCAAACAAUACUAAUAAUAACACAAGCACUGGUAAUGGUACAACUACCACUGAUUCUGGAUACGUCUUAGGAUUCACAUCAUUAGUCAUUGGGCUUCUAAUAUCCUCAUGA